ACAAAGGGCCAGAGAGGGGCGUGGGAGGCUGGCAGGCCCCGCGGCCCCGCCUGGCCGGACGCCUCGCCCAGCAGCGGGCUGGGGAGUGAGGACAAGGAGCUAAACUUGGGGCUCAGGAUAUUUCAAUGCCUCCCAAAUCGCUGUCCUACCCCGAGCAGGCAGGGAAAGAGGAGCGGAGUGCGUGCGCUAGCUGAGUGAGUGCUUACGUCGCAGCGAGAUCUGUGCGGGGAUAAUUAGAGAGGAGUUGGGCUGAGCCGAGUCCUGUUUUAGCAGCAGCAGCAGCCGGAGCCGCCGCAGCAGCAGCCUGGUGGGGCGCGCGAGGCUCGGCCGCUCGGGAGCGCACCGGGACAGGCCAGCGCCGCGCAGAGCCGCCCGCCGCACCCACCGCCCAGGCGGCGCACAAAGGCAGGAGCGGCGCCCCUGGCCUCCUACAGCCAGGCACUAGGGUCCCGCUGCCUCCCUUUUCUCCUGAAGGCGAAAAUGACAGUGCCAAGCGAGGACCUGGAACAGCGGUGGCCCUAGCUCUGCGGUCCCCACCCCUCCUGCUGGGAGAGGCAGCGGGCUGCCUGCGGACGAUGAGCCCGCAGCUGCUCCCCAGUGCAUCUUCGGCCCGGGUCCCCGCUGCCGCCCCUCUUCUCUGCUCCUUCUGUGCCUCCGAGAGGAUUUGCUGCUGCUGUCGCCGCGGUCGCCGCCGCCGCUGACGCCGGGCUGAUGGAUGCCAGGGAGUGCCGCAUUGCUUAGCGUCCCCGCCUCCGGGUUUGCUGAUGCUCUCUCCCCGCCCUGGCGCUCGGCGCUGAAGAUCCACCUUAUUAUUAAUCAGAAUUUCCAUCGCGAUCCCUGGCAGGCGCAUCCCUCAUCCCUGAGUAGAGACCGCAGAAGCAGCACAGUGCCGGGCUGAGAUGUGCGUGGGGGUUGUUGUUACAUCUUGGAAGAGAAGAGAAGAGGCCGGUACCAAGAUCAGAACCACUCGCGCUAGGUGGGAUUAAGGGUGUUUGGUGAGGAAAAAGGACAAGAAGAGGAGGUCAGAGCCCCCCGGAGGUCCACCUCCCUUUCAGGGAAAGGGAAGAGGGAACCAAAGUGGAGCGUUGUGUUUUGGGGGGUGGGGGAAGAAGUUUAUAUCCCCCCACAGUAAAGCCGUGGGAAAGCAGGAGCAACAGGGUCCUUGAUUGGACACCACGACGGAUCGUUUUCCGUCAGGGAGAGGAAGCAGAGGGCAGCCGGGUCUGGGGGCCCAGAGUGUGGUGGUGGCAAGGGCCAGGUUUGCUGUGGAAGAGUCGACAAGAGCUUCAGAGGGAAGGCUCGGGAGCAAGCAGAACAAUGACUCAUUUGCAAGCUGGUCUCUCUCCUGAGACGCUGGAGAAGGCUCGCCUGGAACUCAACGAGAACCCAGACACGCUGCACCAGGACAUCCAGGAGGUGAGGGACAUGGUCAUCACCAGGCCGGACAUCGGCUUCCUGCGCACAGACGACGCCUUCAUCUUGCGCUUCUUGCGGGCCCGGAAGUUUCACCACUUCGAGGCCUUCCGCCUCCUGGCACAGUACUUUGAGUACCGGCAACAGAAUCUGGACAUGUUCAAAAGCUUCAAGGCCACUGACCCUGGCAUCAAGCAGGCCCUGAAGGAUGGCUUCCCUGGGGGCCUGGCCAAUUUGGACCACUAUGGCAGGAAGAUUCUAGUCCUUUUUGCUGCCAACUGGGAUCAGAGCAGGUACACUCUGGUGGAUAUUUUGCGUGCCAUCUUGCUUUCUUUAGAAGCUAUGAUUGAAGAUCCGGAGCUCCAAGUGAAUGGGUUUGUUUUGAUCAUAGACUGGAGUAACUUCACCUUCAAGCAAGCCUCCAAACUUACCCCCAGCAUGUUGAGAUUAGCGAUUGAAGGCCUGCAGGAUAGUUUUCCAGCCCGAUUCGGAGGAAUUCAUUUCGUUAAUCAGCCGUGGUAUAUCCAUGCCCUAUACACCGUGAUCCGGCCUUUCCUUAAGGAGAAGACUCGGAAAAGGAUAUUUUUGCAUGGCAACAACCUGAACAGUCUACACCAACUCAUUCAUCCUGAGAUUCUGCCCUCUGAGUUUGGGGGAAUGCUGCCCCCUUAUGACAUGGGGACAUGGGCGAGAACACUGUUAGACCAUGAGUAUGAUGAUGACAGCGAAUACAAUGUGGACUCCUACAGCGUGCCUGCGAAGGGAGUAGAGAAGGAACUCUCUCCCAAGUCCAUGAAGAGAUCCCAGUCAGUCGUGGAUCCUACAGUACUAAAACGCAUGGAUAAAAAUGAGGAAGAAAACAUGCAGCCUUUGCUUUCUCUGGACUAAUGACAUCACACUCCUUUGUGGAUUAGAAAUGGAAGAUUCUGGUUUUCAGCAACGGGACAGCACUGUGGAGGAAUUAUCAGCUGGAAACCGACUUAUUCAUGUUAAUGUAGCAUAAUAUAUAAUAAGGCAUCAGGCUUUCCCAUUUGCCUGAACCAUGGGUGCCCUGGGCUGGAUUUUAAAAAGUCAAUAAUUUAUUCUGUAAGUGCCAAGUUCUUUGUAAAUAUAAUAUAAUCUUCAUGUCAAGUUUGUAAAUUUUGGUAGUAGUUUAAUUUAGAAAGGAUUGGCUCAAAAGUCUAUACCAGUGAUAUGAACUCUAACGAAAAGCAGAAAAGGCACACAAACAAUCAAAGCUAAUUAAACGUAGCCCUGUUUUCUAUGAAGCCGUAUUUGAGCUAUCAUAGUGAUCGUUUCAUUGUUUUUCUCUGAAACUGUGUCAGUAUUCAAAUGUACUUUUAAUGGGCACAGGGAACUAAAUGAUUCUAGGAAAUUAUCCUGAUUAAUAUAUUUCCUCUGUAGUGAUUUUCAUUUCAGAGAAAACGUGUCUUGAUGACUGUAAUUGGCCUUGGCCUUCGGAGACAAAGAAUAGCAGAUGAACUGGUAAACUGAAUACUUACUUGAACUUUUCCAUAUUGUUUAAGUACUUGGAAUCUCACAAAAAAGAUGUGUUUCCCCAACUAAGAUGUAGAAUUGUAACAGAGAAUGGAUUCUUUCUGAACUGUUAUCUUCACAACGUGCCCCUUAUUCAAGAUCCCAUUGCACCCCUGUUUGAUGUGCUAUAAGAACAUUUUCCCCCCAAAUUCUUUGACCAAGAGAAUUAGAACUCAUAUGUGAAUAGCGUUUUAACAGCUAAUUUUGAACAUAAAAUUUUGCCACUUACAGAUAAGAGGAUGAUUUCUAAUUAUUGUGCACUUGUUUGAAAAAGAUAUAUAUUCACACACACCAUAUAUAUUUUUACUAAACUGUAAUAAUUCUUUGAUGUGACAGGCUUGUAAAAAUAAAUCAAACAUACUCAAUGAUCUUAGAGAUGUUAUAGAUGAUUCCGUGAGAUGCUAAUCUGGAAACCUUCCACUGAAGUUAGGAAAAAUGAGAAAUAGUGAAACAGACAUUCAGCAUAUCUAUUGAAGGGGAUUAACAUUGAAUUUACAAUGCAGUUUUGAAUGUGUGCCAUUUUAUUUAAAUUAUAUUUUUUUUCAAAGAAGCAACAGGUUUCAACAUAGUAUAGGUAGUAUUCAAUAAGAAAGAGUGAAAUAUUUUUUCUCAAAUUCAAGUUAAUUAUCCUAAUGAUCCUUUAUGUGUAUAAUUUCUUUUCAUAAAACGUGAAAAUAAUACAUUGUAUCCAGGAGAUUCAAAGAAAUCAUCUGACGGCAUGUAAGAGAGCCUGUAAUAGUUUAUGUCUAGAUUUGGAAUUCAUAUAUUAUUUAAAGUUUUAUUUCAUAAAAAUUCUAUAAUUACCACAAGUAUUAAUAACCAUAUUUCAAACUUUAACGUGAGAAAGCAAGAUUUUUAUCACAUUUCAGCAUGAUAAAUCUUGAGAUUGUGAGCUUACCAUUAAAAUAUUCUUUUGCAAGAAACGUAUCUCCAGGAACUCUUGGGAACCAACAAAAAUAAAGCCAUAUGGUGACCUUUACAUUUUUUAGCCAAAAACUUAAAAUAUUCCAUUUAUAAUCCUGUAGCCAAAAAUCUUAAAAAGCUAGAUCAGUUUGCCAAUCUGCAGUGUACAACUAGACUUUUUAAUGUGUGCAAAAAUGCAUUAAUUAAUAUGAAUGAAAGAUACCUGAUAAAUGUCAGUCUCCUGUCAAGGGCACGGGAAUAAUGACUUUCAAGUAAUUACUAUAAGGAUUGGAAUGAAUUGGAGCCAAAAGUCACAGCAUGGCUUUAUAAGAAUCCUAUCCCUAGCUCUGGGCUUUAGUAUAUAAACUAGUGUCUGGCAAUGUGAGCCACUAGCAUAAAGCAGAAAUGAUCUGAGGAGAGAACAGUCAACCCUCCAUUCUCAUGAGUUUCUCUUGAUAUGCACCAUUUAUUGCCAGUUUCCAGAAUUCUUUCAGCAGAGUCAGCUUCUUCCUCAUAUCAGAAAGUUAGUGUCAUAUAUAAAAAUAACUAGAAUGGCAUAUUUUAUAUGUAUGCCUGUCUAAUUAUAAGUAUCAUUUACACUGUCUUCCAGCCCCACAUUUGGAAAUUUUGCAUUGCAUUGCUUCUCGUCUUCAAAUGAGCAAUUGAGAGUUGGCUAGAUUGUGUAAAAUAUGUAAAAAUGAAUGAACAAAUUGCAACGAUGAUGCCUUUUGAAAUUGCUAUAUCUAGUUCAGUCUGUGAAUAAACUCAUUUUCUAGUAAUGUUUUUGAAGCUGCUUAGACAAGGGAUAUUCAGUUCAACUUUAUAAAUUUUCCCCUUAGCACCAGCUAGUUAGCACUGUUUAGGGAUUUUUUCCUCUCGUUAUAUUCUGUGUCACACAUCUAUGUGUAUUGCUACAUAACCAAGUAAAUAAACACCCGUGCGUUCUUUAUUUUAAUUGCAGUAAUGCACUGUCACUUACACACAUUUAGAUACACACACACACCCCUUUGCUUGUUUAGUUGUCUUGUCACUUGAAAUUUUGUGGACUUCCAAGAAUUAACCACAUUUAACUUCAGUAGGCUAGUGGUCCAUUAACUUCUCUCACUCUGCCUGCAAUAACUUCUAUUUCUGAAAUCUUUUCUCUCUCCCAGUUAUUCAGGGGCAGCUGCUUCCAAAGUUGGUUUAAAAAUAAGUAACUUCUCUUAUAAUAUUGUUGGUGAUAUUUGCACCUGUUCUCAUUUGCUAUUUAAAAAGGAAGAGAUCAUCAGGAAAAUAUACUCUAAGAAAUAUGAAGAAGUGCCUCUUGAAAAAUGGAAUCAAGUAGUAAUACCAGCAUAGGGAUUUUAUUUGUACUUUCUUCCAGAAAGUAAACACAUGCAUCUAUAUUAUAAGGGUAAAAUUUAGGUAUAAUUUGAAGAAGGAUAUUUGAGGCCUUGCUUUCAAUAUUUUCAUAACACUAUUAAGGCUCUAUUGUGUCACUUGAAUUCAGUAACUUUAACACAUGUUAAUAACAAACCUGGCACUAUGCCAAAACAAUAUACAAGUAUUAGAGUUUUGCAAGAAGUUUUUAAGUGGGCAUGCAUGAUUUCUUUCAUUUCAACAAUAGUUUGCAUUAACUAUAGACAGAGACAUUCAUUAAGUCUUUUCAUAUAUGUGCAAUGCUUAUUUACAUUAUAAAUAAAUAUUUACUAAAAAUUCAUACCUUCAUCAGCAGAAAAAAUGAGCAUCCAGGUUCUUUUAAUAUUAUUAACAAGGUCACAUUGCUAAAUUAAAUAUUUGAAGUUUCUGUAAUAAUCCUGAGGGAACAGAAGACCUUCUACUGCAUCAAGAAAAUCAGAGUUGUUUUAGACAUUGGGAAAUAUCUAUAUGACCUCACGAAAGGAAGCCUUCAGAGCCAUGGAGUGUAUUUUCAAGGACAUGCUUUCCUUUUUCCACAAACAAGCUAGGUUUACGGACAUGUCUCUGGUCCUUUAAAGAAGUGACAUGAAGAAAACUCGCUGAGAAGCUGUCCACUGUUCUGUUGCUUUAUUUAAAGGUCUACCUUCUUUGCCUGGUUAAUAAUAUUUCCUUGUUUCUUUUUUGUGUAUACUUAUUAGUGAUUACUUGAACAGUUGCCAUCAGCCAUGAGGACACUUCAGAGAGAUUUUCAACACAAAAAUUAAAACAGGAAGAGCUCUGGCAUGAUACUUGAACUCUCAGAUAUGCUAUUUACAUUUUUGUCCAUCCAUAAGUUCAUAGGAAUAUAUUCCAUUUUAGAUCUGCUCUAUGGGUACAUAGUCGGAAACACAGCAGUACACUUGAAAAUUUGUGAGGCCAUUAGAUUCUGUAAGAAUAGGCAGUUCAUAUACAAAUUGGAACAAAGGAAGAUUGGUCAAAUAUCCAGUGUGUGUAAUUACCUUCCUAAUAACCAAAAGGAUUUGUUUUGUGGCUUUUCACUUUACCUGAAAAAAACAGCUUCCCAUAUGCUAUUAGAACUAUUUGGAAUUAUUUACUAUUUGAAAGGAACAAAUAACUAGAAAUACAAAAGAGACUUGACUUUGUAACUUUAUUAUAUACUGAUCUUAAUGGCUUAGAGAAUAUAAUUUUUUUUUCACGAAUUCAGGUGUGUUUUUUUUUUUUUUUUUUUUUUUUUUUUUUGAGACAGAGUUUUACUAUGUUGCCCUCGGUAGAGUGCCAUGACAUCACAGCUCAAACUUUUGGGCUUAAGCAAUUCUCUUGCCUCAGCAUCCCCCAUGUAGCUGGGAUUACAGGCACCCGCCACAAUGCCUGGGUGUUUUUUGGUUGUAAUUGUCAUCAUUGUUUAGCAGGCCUGGGCUGGAUUCAAACCCUGCAGCUCCAGUGUAUGUGGCUGGCGCCCUAGCUGCUGAGCUACAGGCACCGAGCCUCAGGUUUUUAUUUUAUAAAUACCUGGACAGUAACCCCACAUGUGAAAGCAAUGCUAUGAAUUCUAGUAUGUACUAAAUAUGGAAAUAAUUUCCCCUGGACUGUAGGUAAAAAUAUAAAAGAGUAAUCCCGUGGAUUGAGUCACUCAAAUUGGACAUUUUUUCCCAAAGGAGGAAGAAUGCAAUGCAAAGGAUAUUUUUGAAAUAAAAAAAACUGUUUAGAAACCAAAUAAUUAUAGUUCUUAAAUACAAUAAAUGCACUCCUAUAGUAAAUAGGGGAAGUUGUUAUGAUUUAGAAGGUGUUUUGUCAGCAUUUUGUCAGUCUCAAUGCAAAUAUUUCUGUCCUAAAUGAUUUAUUCUGUCAAAAUUAAUUUUGUGGUGAACGGGAUGGACCUAAAAGAAAAUCAAAAUAAAUUUUAACAACAAUUUUAAGAGUGAACAAAUCUCAACUAUCUUGAAAUACUAUUGUGGGCUAUCAUUGAUUUAAAUAACAGAAAUUCAAAACAUUGUCUUGUUUCUAAUCUAGUUUUUUGGAUUUCACAUUUGUUUAAAAAUAAAUAAAACUCACAAAAUCAAAUAGUUUUUGUUUUGAAAGCACUCAAGAAACAAACAAAAAAAAAGAUGUCUAAAAGGAAGUGAUGUAAGUCCUCGGACAAUACUAAAUACACUAUUUACUAUUUGGCUCAAAUGCUACUCCUAUUUACCACUACAUACUAAUUAGUAUUUGGCCUUUUGAGGGAGUUUCUGCUUCUUCCUAAAUGCAUGUCUGGAGGAGCCAGGUUUCCAGCGGAAGUAUCCUCAGUGGGAAUAAGCCCCGGGCAACCCCAAAAUGCAGUAAAAACCAGAGAUAGGGUCUUCACUUCUCCUUACCAAAAGGUGUGUUCCUUCCCCUGGGAUCAUAGAGAAAAUAGUUUUAAUUAUAAAAAGGAAACUAUUUCAGAAUUCCAAGGGUUUCUGAUAUCAAGAGCUCUGAUAAAUAGUUGGCCAGGGAAGAGACGCCACGGGAAGGGAUUGUGGGGUCUCCGUUAUGAAGUGUGUUUCUACGCAGAUACCGCGACACCAAAAUUCAUACCUCCGAGCACCACUUCUUCCUCUAAAAAUAAAAAAUAAAUAUGCUCUGUCCUUCCCUUUUUUUUUCAAGUUGGUAUCGUAAUGGUGUCAGCCAGAAGCCACACACACUUCGUUGCCUUUCAGGAAAGUUGCUGGAUCAUACACAUAGGAACGUAAUUCGCACAAUUGUAUGCAAUUGAGCUAUUUGUAAGCUGAUUUAUAAAUCACUACUUAAAGUUUCUAAAAAAUACAAUUAUAUGGUUUUUAGUGCUAGAAAAGUAUUGUAUUCUCUGAAGGCAGCAUUCACGGAGAAGACUGGUUCAAUGCUUUCCUCUACAUUCGUGUGUCUGACAUUUUUAAUUGGAUGUUGAAUGCACAUGUCAAAUUUAACCUCUACAAUAUCAGACUUCUGUACUUUCACCCUGAACACGAUUCUCCUUUAGCCUUCUCAUCGUACUAAUAUCUAUGCCAACCUUCUAGUUUCUAGGGCUAAAAGGUUUGGAGUCAUUAUCUCUUCCUCUCCUCUUUCAAAACUAUACCCAAUCUAUUUCAAAACUAUACCCAAUCUCUUAUACUGUCGGCUUUCCUUCAAAAUACCCAUAGACGUGGUGGCUCACACCUGUAAUCUCAGCACUUUGGGAGGCCAAGGCAAGAGGAUUUCUUGAGAUCAGGAGAUAAAGAUCAGCCUGGGCAACAGACCAAAAACCCAUCUCUACAAAAAGUGAAAAAAUUAGCCACUUGUGGUGGCGCAUCUAUGAUCCCAGCUACUGAGGAGCUGAGGCAAGAUUGCUUGAGUCCAAGAGUUGAGGCCUCAAUGAACUGUGAUUGUGCCACUGCACCCCAGCCUGGGUGAUGAUAGAUAAAGACCUUGUCUCAAAAUAAUACACAAUGCAUGUGCAUGUGUGCAUACAGAUAUGAAUAUGUUCAGACUCUGACCAUUUCUUUAACCUUCAUCAUCACUACCUUGGGCCAAGUCUUCAACGCUUUUCAACUGGAAUAUUUGAUCAUCUAAAAACUAGUCUCCUUGUUUCUGCCCUUAGCUUCUAGAGCUAAUUUUCAGCAUACUACCAAGAAUAAGUCUCUUCAUAUGUAUCUGAAAUCAUUUCUUUUUUCGCUAAACCUUUUGAGGAGUGAAAACCCAAAUCCUUAGAGUUGUGAUAAGAAGGUUGAUGGAAGUCUCUAAGAAUUCACAGAGCAGAACAGCAUAGCUUCUGACUGGGCCCACAUUUUUGCCUGUAGAAGGCAAAAGUAGUUGUUAAAUACUUUCAGUUUCUGGCUUCUGGAGUCCUUUCACCCCUGUCCUUCACUUUUCUUGCAUCAUCUCUUAAUCUCUCCUUUACUUUAUAUUCUGUUGUUGAGUUGAACUUUCAUCCUGAUGUUCCAGGAACUUGUCGAGGGCACUCUCCUCGAGGACAGUUGGCAGUUUUGCUCCCUCUGCCUCUUUCUCCCAGAUACCCACAAGGUUUCUUUCUCAUCUCCUUCUGGUCUUCGCUCUGAUGUCAUCUUUUUUUGGAAGACAUUUUCUCCCAAUUUAAAAUGAAAGAGCUCUGGGGUUCUUCAUAUUUUCCUUUAUCGACUAAAACACGGUAUACUUUAUUUAUUUAAUUUGUAAUUUUCCCCUAAUAAUGCACGAACACCAUAAGGACAGGGAUUUUUGUCUGUUUGCUGUAUCCUUAACGAUGCCUUGAUCAGUGCCUAGAAACAGUAGCAAACCCACAAAAAUUUCAUGAAGAUCUUAAUUAUUUCAGCAAGUUAUGUAGUAGCCAGAAGUGUGCAUUAAAAGAGAGGAUUUUUAGGUGGGGCCUGUGGCUCAAAGGAGUAGGGCACUGGCCCCAUAUGCCAGAGGUGGUGGGUUCAAGCCCAGCCCCAGCCAAAAACUGCAAAAAAAAAAAAAGAAAAAGAUUUUUUUUUGGUUUCUUUAGCAUUAAAGAAAUCCUAUUACUUAUCUUAAAAGGGGAAAUUUUACUUUCUGUGAUGAUAAUGGAAUCAUAAAUCAAAAAUUAUACAUGUAUCCCACUCCUCCCAACUCUGGUGUCUCUAUACUCCAGAGCCUACAUUUUACAUCAGUAUUUCAGUUUCGUCUCUAGAAAUUACUCCUAGGCUGUUGGACCCUGUAUCUAUCAUAUGCAAAGCUUACUCUUUCAGAGAGUAUAAGAUACCCCAAAUGAAAAGUCAUUUUGUGACUAAAACCAUAGUGAGUUAUUCUUUAUUGAUUAUUUUAGUUAAUUCCAAUUUUUUAAAAAAUUGCAGGGGGUAAAUAGACUAUUAUUUCUUCAGAAUUGGUAGGCCAUUUUAGACAAUAUGCCUACAUAGUUACUUUUACUGAAAACAAAAAGAAAAAGAAGAGAAGGAUAAUCUUUGACUCUCUAAGAUCUUUCCAUGAUCUGGAAAUCUAUUGCAGCCAUUUAGUCUGUACACCCUUUCAACAGAAGUCUUAAAUCAACCGGGUUUUAUAUUUGA